AUGCAGACAAGUACUCCAUCAUACGCCGCUUCAUCUUGUUCCCUUUUUUCUACGCUGCCCCCGUCUCCUCCUCCCCCAGGUGAUAGAGGCGGACAAGUACGCCAUCAUGCGCCGCUGCUCCAUCCCAGCUGCUCCAUGUGUGUUGACUUGACCCCUCUUCCCCUGCCCCCCUUCCCUCCCGCUCCGCCCGCCCCCCCCCACCACCCCCCACUCACCCCUCCCUCUCAGGUGAUAGAGGCGGACAAGUAUGCCAUCAUGCGCCGCUGCGCCAUCCCAGCGCGCGACCUCCGCAUUCUCGACCCGCUGCUCUCCUACCCCUCCACGCUGCUGGGCCGCGAGCAAGCCAUCGUGGUCAAUCUGGAGCACAUCAAGUGCAUAAUAAUGGCGGAGGAGGUGCUGCUGCUCAACUGGCGGAAUUUCCAGGUGGCGCGGGUGGUGGAGGAGUUAAAGGCGCGCCUGCCCCUCCAUCUCAAUGCUGCAGGCCAGCAGGUGGCACGGGUGGAGGAGGAGCUCAAGUCGCGCCUGCCCCUGCACUUCAAUGCCACAGGGCAGCAGGUGUGUGUGUGGUGGGGGCAACAGGCGAGAGAGAGAGACACAUCACAUCACAUGAUGGUCUCAGGUACUACAAGGUGGCGCGGGUGGUGGAGUGGAGUGGAGGAUCUCAAGGCGCGCCUGCCGCUGCACCUCCACACAGCAGGCCACCAGUCUGCCUGCGGCACCCUUGAUGCUGAGGUGAGCCUCAGGGAUGGUGUGAGGGCAGAGGUGUGGGUGGAAAGGAAUGGGUGUGCUGCUGCUGUAACCAGGGCCCAACGCGUUGCCUUUGAGUCCCGUGCACUGGAGGUGUGCCUGGACUGGAGUCUGCCUGUGGGACCCUCGACGCUGAGAGGAGCAGGAGCAGGAGGAGGUAUACCUCCUCCUGCUCCUUCACUGGACGAGUUGAUCGCAUCUUUCCCCCAUUCGUGCACGACAACCCGAGUGGAGCAGGAGGCAUACCCGGCACUGGACGAGCUGACGGCGUCCGUGUCAACGCUCAACCUGGAGAGGGUGCGGCAGAUCAAGAGCCGCCUCGUCGUCAUCUCUGGCCGCGUGCAGAAGGUUCGAGAUGAGCUAGAGCAGCUGCUAGACGAUGAUGAGGACAUGGACGAGAUGUACCUCACAGACAAGCUGCUGCAGCAGCGGCAGGCUGCGGCAGAGCAGCAGCAGGAGGAGGAGGAGAUGCGCGAGGAGGAGGAGCGGCAGCGGCUGCUGCUGCUGCAGCAGCACCAGCACGUGCACGGGCGGGCAGAGGAUAAGUUCAGCUUUGGCGUGCCCUCCCACUCCGGAUCCUCUGCCCGUGGAGAGAAAAGGGGAGGAGGAGUUUCUGAAAGGGAAAAGAAAUGUCCGAGCUCUGGUAGUGCUUCCCCACCUGGCCUGGAUGACAUUCCUCCGGAUGGAGAUGGUUCGGAAGGUGCAGGUUCGGAAGGUGCAGGCUCAGAAGAUGCAGGUUCGGAGGGUGUAGGUUCGGAAGGUGUAGGUUCGGAGGGUGCAGGUUCGGAGAGCACAGGUUCAGAUGGUGCAGGGUCAGACGGGCAUGAGCCGUUGCUGCUAGCGAUUGGUCGACAUGACCAUGCAAGCUCGGGAUCGCAGCGCCGUCCCCCUUCUUCGUCCCAGCAUUCAAAUCCGACCGUCCAUUCGUCUCUCUCUCACUUCUCCCCCACAGGACCCUCUCCUAGCCUUCCCCGCCUCUCCAACUCUUCUGCCAGCGGCCGCUCACACUCUCAUUCUCACUCACACUCGCACUCCCGCGGGCACUCCCACUCACGCUCCCACGCACAGCACCCUGACCACCACCGGCAUUCAAGUCACUCUCUUCCCAGCGUGGCUGAGCAUGGGCCAGGAGUAGGCUCAGUGGGUUCUCUUCCGGGUGUGAUUGGUGGUGAGGUUAUGGGGUCAGAAGGGGGGAGUGACGGUAGAGGAAGUGGCAGUAAAGGGAGCAGAGGGAGCAGAGGCAGCCGCAGUCGCAGCCACAGCCGUGGGAGUGGUAGGAGUGGGAGCAGCAGGAGUGGGAGCAGCAGCAGCAGCAGCAGUAGCAGUAGCAGCAGCAGCAGCAGCAGCCGCAGCAGUGGGAGCAAGAAGUGGGAUGUGGAGGAGCUGGAGAUGCUUUUGGAGGCGUACUUUGUGCAGAUCGAAGGAACACUCAACAAGCUAUCAUCGCUGCGGGAGUACGUGGAGGACACGGAGGACUACAUCAACAUAAUGCUGGACGAGAAGCAGAACAGUCUGCUGCAGAUGAACGUGCUCCUCACCACCGCCACUCUCUUCAUCUCCUUCUUCAUCGUUGUCACGGGGGUGUUUGGGAUGAACAUCGACUGCUCGUAUUUCGACCCGGAGAACCCAGCCAAUUAUAGCGUUUGGUUGGACACCUUGGCUACCAACGGUUCCCGCAAUCCGCGCAUUUCCCGCAUCUCCCCCGUUUCCCCCUCGUGCCGCGAUUCCGCGCGAUCUCCUCCAUCCGCAUCGAUCCUGCGGGGAUCGGCUUCCGCUUCCGCUGCCGCUCCCGCUUCGCUGCUCAACCUGGCGGAAGUGUCCGCGCAGCUGCCGGGAGAUCUCUCCGGAUACAUGGAGCGAGUCCGCGAGUGCAACGCGGGGCUGGAGCGUCGGUCGGAGUUCAUUCCCUUCGUUGUGAACGAGGAGGUUGCUGGGUAUAUCCACCACAGCUUCUGGCCGCACCUGGAGCCAUUUGGAGACGUCUUUGUUAUUCGGAGCACUGGCGGCAGCAGCACUGGCGGCACAACUGCUGCUGGUGGGCGAGUGCUGUCGUUUUCAGGCCGGUUGGAGGCAGCGGGGGCAGCUGAGCGCACAGAGGCGGUGGCAGGGGUGCUGCAGCGGCUGCGUGAGCAGGGUGUGGUGACUGGCUGGCGCAAUGAGCUAUAUCCCGUGGGUGCCUCGUUCUAUGCGCCACCAGCAUUCCUCAUCGAGCGAGCAGCAGCGCCUCUCUUUGGCACCAAGGCAUACGGCGUGCACAUGAAUGGCUACACACACUUGCCCUCCUCUUCCUCUUCUUCCUCGCUCCACCUGUGGGUGGCACGGCGGUCCCCGUUAAAGCCCACGUUCCCCAACCAGCUGGAUCAUCUAGUGGCGGGCGGGCAGCCGCACGGCAUCAGCUGCAGGGACAACAUGAUCAAGGAGUGUGAGGAGGAGGCAGACAUUCCAAGGCACUUGGCAGAGAGGGCAGUGCCAGUGGGGGUGGUGAGCUAUGAGACUGUGACAGCAGCCAACACGCUCAAGAGGGAUGUGCUGUUCUGCUACGACCUCCUGCUGCCGCCCGACUUCACCCCCCGAAACACAGAUGGGGAGGUAGCGGAGUUUUCCCUGGUACCCAUUGAAGCUGUGGCUAAUAUCGUGGCCAACACUAAGGAGUACAAGGCGAACUGCAACCUCGUUAUCAUGGACUUCCUUAUAAGACACGG